UGAGCUGCUAGGGUCCUGCAAGCGUCCUGCAAGCGCAGCCGCAGCGCUUCGAUCGUUGCUGCUCAAAAGCUUUUCAGCUUCCCAAAUUCCAGCCUGCUGAUCAGUUUCUUUUCUUCCAAAUCCCAGCAUUUCUGUCAACCACAUGAAAGUGCUCAGCAGGAAAAGCUAAUUGAGGCAGACACGAAGUUCAGUCAGGUAUGCACAUUGUGUUCUUGCGUGAUUUUGGGAGGAAAGGAGUGGAAGCACAUCAAUAGCUCCAACCCCUCUAAUUUAGCACUCCCAGUGUAGGUGUGCGUUGCAGAUCAGGUAGGACAUUACAGACGAUAGCUUUUGCCUGAAGCAAGUACAGGGGGUGCGAUCCUCACCUCUCUCCCUUGCAUACCACCAUGUCAAAAUUCAUUGGAAACAAGCUCGUCGGGUUUGGGACAAAGAUUGUGGCAGUGGGCCGCAAUUACGCUGCGCAUGCCAAGGAGCUGGGCAACGCAGUCCCAGAGGAACCAAUCAUCUUUCUCAAACCAACGUCGUCUUACAUCCGGCAAGGUGCGGCAAUCGAGAUUCCCCCAGGGACUGACACACUGGAUCAUGAGGUGGAACUAGGCGUGGUUAUGAGCAGGAACGGGAGGGACAUUACCCAGGAAACCGCGCUAGACUACAUAGCAGGCUAUGCGCUCGUUCUGGACAUGACCGCCAGGGAGCUUCAAGCACAAGAAAAGGCCAAGGGGUUGCCAUGGACCAAGGGCAAAUGUUACGACACCUUCACUCCCGUCAGCGACUUCAUUCCAAAGAACAAGAUUCGGUCUCCAGAAGAACUUGAGCUUUGGUGCAAGGUGGAUGGCGAGCUGCGGCAAAAGGGCAGCACGGGCGACAUGCUGUUCGACAUUCCUCACCUCAUCGCUUACAUCAGCAGCAUCAUGACGCUGGAGGAAGGAGACCUCAUCGUCACGGGAACCCCUCCUGGAGUGGGGCCUGUCAAAGCUGGCCAGCAAAUCACGGCUGGUAUCACUGGGCAUAUCGAAAUGUCGUUUCCAGUAAUACGAAGAAAACAGUCCGGAGGAGCAGGCACGUGACCUUAUGGCAUGAUUGAAGCCAACUUCUUAUCAGCGAACAAGCAAUUCGCGACUCGCCUAUGGACAGGGCAAACCGAUUCAAUCAACGACACCCGAACGAACAGGGCCUCGAUUCGUCAGAGCGGGAGAGCGAUAGAGCUUAGAGUCGCUCUUGUUGGAUGAGGACAAAGUCGAAGUCUUCGUUGCUAGACUUGCCGUCUUCAAGCUGCCCGUCUUGCAGUUAGAAGUUUUCUGAGUUGUCUACCGGGAAGCCAGCGCAUGCUUGUAUUUGAAAGACCACGAAUCUCGAAGUCGUUUACAUGACAAAGGUCAUGAUAGAUUGCUAAAUCAUCUUUCUUGACAAGCUCCG